CUCCUGGAUACUGGAGAAGAUGCAGACCUAAUAGAUGAAUUCGACAAGACACUACUCCAUAUAGCAGCAGAACAAGGAAACUGGGAUAUCGCCAGGCUCCUCUUGGAACGAAUCGCUUCGCCAUUGAGAUCAAACGAAACCAAGUCCAUUCCGCUACAUCUAGCUGCAGACAACGGACACCUAGAGUUUGCCCGAUUACUGAUCGAAAACAAGGAACUGCAGCAACCAAAGCGGACAUGCACCGCUACAACUUGCAGCAAUCCGCGGGGACAAAGCCAUGGCUCAUUCAUUCUAAAUGGGAGAGGGGUACUCACUUCCACUGCUGACCGCCUGAAUGAUACUGCGCUUCAAGAGGCAGCGAAGAAAGGUCACCAUGAGAUCUGUGAGCUUCUUAUAGAACAUGAUCGAGGAAUAAAGCACAGUAUGAUUGAGCGUAUGCUCGGCAUUACGCCUGAGACUCAUAUGAAGAAUGUGUGA